AUGCUGAACCAAUUAGCUUGGAUUGCAGCCUUCGCUGCCACUGCGACUAUCAGUGCCCCAACGACCGACCCCCCUCUCCCUACCUCGGGCGAAAAGCUCUUUGAUGCAUGGAAACCAUUCUCGACCCCCCUCGUGAUCCCCGAAGUGAUCGACAUGCGCAAGGGGGGUAGCCUCGACAUGAACAUUGGCGAAACCCGCCACGCGUGGGGCUCCGGCGCGCCCACGGCGGCCACCUACGGCUACGGCAAAGUGGGCGGCAACAUCACCACGCCUGGCCCAACCAUCCUCGUCAAGAAAGGCGUGCCCAUCACCGUCACCUGGUACAACGCGAUUAAAUCGGCCAAGCACUUGUUGGACAUGAACGUGGAAACGACGCUGACGAUCCGCGAGUCGUCGUGCUACCCCCACUGCGGCGUGCCGGUGAUCACACACGUCCACGGGCUAGAAACCCCCGCCCAAUACGACGGCCUGCCGCACUUUUCAAUCUACCGGAACCAGAGCUACACCGCUCGGUAUAACAACACCCAAUCAGGGUCGACCAAGAUGUACCACGACCACGCCAUCGGCCUCGGUCGGUUGAACAU